UCACGUGUGUUUAAAUGCUAUGGCCAGCCUUUGCCUGGAAUAGAGCGAAUUGGUGUCUUCCAGGCUUGCGAUCUAGUCUUAUCGAUUGUUAAACCGGACUGCCGCUCCGAUCGAUAACAAUGGGGCAACUGUUUACUAAACUCAUGAGCAUUUUCGGUAAUAAAGAGCACAAAGUAAUCAUUGUUGGCUUGGAUAAUGCUGGGAAAACCACCAUCCUAUACCAGUUUCUGAUGAAUGAGGUGGUGCACACAGCCCCAACUAUUGGCAGUAAUGUUGAAGAGAUUGUGCUACGGAACACACACUUUCUAAUGUGGGAUAUUGGGGGACAAGAGACCCUUCGCGCUACAUGGAAUAGUUACUACUCCAACACAGAGUUUGUCAUCUUAGUGAUUGACAGCACUGACAGAGAGCGGUUACCAGAAACCCGGGAGGAGCUGUACAAGAUGCUGGCACAUGAGGACUUGAAAAAUGCGGCUGUGUUAAUCUAUGCGAACAAACAAGAUGUGAAAGACUCGAUGUCUGCCUCAGAAAUUUCUGCUUCAUUGGCACUUAGUGCUAUAAAAGACAGAGCGUGGCAUAUUCAAGGAUGCUGUGCUCUUACAGGAGAAGGGCUGCCUGCUGGGCUGGACUGGCUGAAGUCUCAUGUCACUGCUAACUGACCAUGAUGGGACCUUGUAAAUUAUUUUAUGUGCACUAGACACUUUUAUAUAUAUAUUU